AUGUCGCACGUCGAGGACAGCAACGAGGACCAGCAGGAGUGCAACCAGCAGUCCAAAACUGCGGCAGCAGCUGUGGAGGCCCGACAAAGACGUAGAAUUGCGCAGCUGGAGCAGCAGCUGGAGACUCUCGAGUCGGGGCGUGCAGUUAAAGAAAGGCAAUCCAACUAUUACAUGUCUCAAGGAAGGGCCAUCAGGCGCAUUGUUACUCUAUUCGAUAAUGUCGAGGACCUCGUCGCUGAAAACGAUCGACGAUAUGAUCAUGAUGAUGACGGCGACCAGGAAAACUACUCUCGAGUAAGUUUUCACCGUUCAAAUAGGCUGCAAAUAGGGUACCACGCACUCACUAUCGCAUUGCCGUGGUUCUGUCAGAAGGGUACGGAGAUGGAGAUUGGCGACUAUGUGCACCUAUUGAAAAUACUUCGGCAGGGCGCCGACAGUGCUCGAGGUGACGACACUUCGAAACUUAAGGCUCUCGUUGCCGAUUGGGUAAAUCGCGAAUUUAAACCAAAUCCCCCUGUCGACUCCGAUGAUAAGCAUUCCCGUGGAUUCACCAACGAUGUGUGCGGCAUGCUGCUCUGCCCAGCCGAGCUCGAUUGGAAAAAUCCAGUGGUGAAGGCAGCAAUUCGAGAUCGCGCAGAGGGUCACAUCGUGACAGAUCUUUCCUUCCCGGCAUACCUGUAUGAGGGGUACACUGCCAACCCCGACGAUUUGGAAGAGGGCCUUUUUAAGGGCAAACUCCUUAUUCAGGGUUACAAAGCGGUGUUCACGUCGCCUUCCUCGGCAAAGGACGUCGAAGGUGACGGCGAUGGUAUAGAUAUCAUCGAGAACAACAGGUGCGCUAGGAGGUCUUCCUCCGGCCUCAAGGUCAAGAAACACGUGCGAUUUGCACUUUCCUCUGUUACUUCUUGGCGGUCCGUUGAUGGCGACUUCGACUAUAUUCAGUUCUGGCGAACAAUUGUCGAUUUUUUCGAAAAGCCCCCUGGCCGAGGAGCGCGUCGCAGGAUUAACAAGCUCCUUGAGUGGUGGACCAGGAAAGUUUUCGGAAGGAGUCACCGUGAUGACAUUAGCAACGCGACAAAGUCCAACAUGUCCGUCAACGCUCUCGCACAGCAGAGGGCGCAACGUGAUGAUGCCGAUUUCGAUUGA